AUGAAUGCAACAAAUGAUAUUUCUAUAUUAAGAACUAUUAAUCAUUUUAAAAGAAAUUAUACAAAUUCAAAGAAUUCUACUAUUAUUCUUGUUACAAUGCAUAGACGAGAGAAUUUUGAAUAUUUAUUCGAGAUGUGUCGUGCUAUUUCAACUAUAGCAAAAGAAAAUGAAAAUAACGUUCUAAUUAUUUUACCUGUUCAUCCUAAUCCAAAUGUAAAACAUGUAGUAUUAACAAAUUUAGAUGGAUUAAAUAAUGUUAAAAUUGUUGAUCCAAUAUCUUAUGAUAUAUUUGGACAUGUUUUAUUACAAUCAGAUAUUGUUAUGACUGAUUCAGGUGGUAUUCAAGAAGAAGCAGUUAGUAUUGGUAAAACUGUUAUAUUAAUGCGAAUGACUACUGAAAGACCUGAAGGUAUUUAUCUUGGUACAAUUAAACAAAUUGGAAUUGAUUAUGAUGAAAUUGUAAAAGCAGUUAAUAUUGAAUUAAAAAAUUUCAAAUCAAUCAAUCGAACAUUACAAACAAAUAUUUUUGGUGAUGGAAAAGCAUCAAAGAGAAUUGCAACUAUUAUAGACAAUUACUUUUAUGAUCAACAUAAACCAAAUCUAAAAUGUACAACAAAAUUUCAUCAAGAUUCUAUUGCUCAAGUUGUCUAUUCUCAUUUAAAUCUAUCUAAUAUACCAUCACAUACUAUUAGAAGAAACAUCAUGAAUAAUCUUACAAAAGUUCGACCUGCUCUUACUCUUAAUGAAUUACUCAAACUUCCUAGUCAAUAUAAUAUAUCAAAGAAAAAUGAAGAAACAUUUGCAAUAACUGCUAUUAUUGGAAUGUAUAAACGUGAAGGUUUAAUUCGAAGAUGGAUUGAAGCACUUAUUUUACAAAUACAUCCACCUAAAGAAAUAUGGAUUGUUUAUUUUGCUUCACCUAUUACACAUAAACUCAAAAUUGAAAUUGAUGAAAUACGAUCAUUGUUUAAUAAUGGAUCAAAUUAUUGUUAUGAAUGGUGUACAGAGAAAAUAUGCAAUAUAAAUAUUACUACUGAUAAUAAGACUAUAUCUAAUUGUUUUGACAAAUGUCUAAACUUUUGUAUGAAAUUACCUUCAGUUUUAUUCGUAGCUAUGGGUGAAAUGCAAUUGAAAUAUUUUGGAAGAUUUCAACUUGCUCUUCAAUGUCGAACAAAAUAUGUAGUUGUUUUUGAUGAUGAUUGUAUACCUCAAGCACGCUAUUUUGAAACUGCAUUAUUUACAAUUAAUACAGAACAAUAUCGAGGUAUUUUAGGAACUAAAGGUACUGCAGCAGAACCCAAUGUUUUCUAUGGUCCUGUAUCAAGAAGUAAUAAAAUAAUUGAAGCAGAUGUAGUUGGUGGAAGUUGGUUUAUGGAAAGUGAAUGGGUAAAACUUAUGUUUCAGGAUAAAAUAUAUUCAUGGAAUACUGGUGAAGAUUUUCAUUUAUGUGCAAAUGCCCGAAAAUAUGCUAAUCUAAGAAGUUUUGUUAUGCCAGUUGAUGGAAAAGAUAUUUCAACUCAUUCUUUUUCAAAAGAUUAUCUAGCCAUUAGUGAUAAAGGUGAUACUACUGGACGAGUGAGCGGAACUGCAUCAAGUAGAACAUAUAUCAAAGAUCAAUUAUGGUUACGAGGUGAUCGUCUAAUGCAUAGCUAUAAACAUUUGAAACCAUCAUUGUUAUUAUAUGCUGAAACACAUAAUGAUGCAAUGCUUUUAUUAUCAUCUACACGACAACAAAUGACUCAUAUUCGUGGUUCAAUUCAUUUUGUCACUUCAAAUGUCAUGAAAAGUGAUUUGAAAAGUACUGAAAUAAAAAAAGUGGUUGAAUCAUUUCAUGAUUUUAUGAUUGGUCGUGAUUAUGAUACAAAUCCAACACCAAUCACUGCUGCUGCUGAAGUACUUUAUUCAUUUGAUAUGGUUAUGCAAGGUACACAAAGUACAGCUGUAAUAAUCUUAGGUUCUUCAUCAACAGUAACCAUGUUUGCAUUAGUAUCUGCAGCAUUCUUAAGAAGUAUUCCUAUUGUCAAUAUUUACAUAGAAAAUAGUAUUAUUGAUCAAAGAACAGCAAAAGCUAUCUUAACAAUGUCUUCGACUACUAUUCGAACUUUUUCUAAUCGAACAUUUGGCCACUUGGAACAUCAACAACUAAAUGAUCUUUUAGUGCAAAUUUACAAAUAA